AUGGAUGGAUGGAACUGUGUUGAAGGAGGAGAGCAGGGCAGGUACAGGGGUGUGGAGCAGAGAAAUGUCUCCAUGUGGCAGGUCAAGGUUCUUCUCAGCCACCCUUGCGUGGUGGCUGUCCUGUGUGUGGUGGAUACACGGAGUGUUUCGUGGGACAGUGUUUCAUCCGCUGGGAUGUUUAUUCUCAGGCUGCUCUCGGCGCUCUGGCCCGCGCUCAGUGGAGUUUGGAGUUUUAACCUUUACGCACAGCAUCCUACAGUUUACAGCGGACCAGAUGGGAGCUAUUUCGGUUAUUCUGUGGAUUUCUACCAAGCCUCCAGCGACAGCAGCACGUUCAGUGUGUUGGUUGGGGCCCCCAAGGCCAACACUUCCCAGCCUGGCAUCGUGGAGGCCGGAGCUGUGUACUACUGCCCCUGGCCUGGAUUACCUGACAGCUGCAAACAGGUCCCUUUUGAUAAUUCCAACAACAGAAUGAUGAAGGUCAAUGGCACCAGGGAGCCUGUGGAGUUUAAGUCUCACCAGUGGUUUGGAGCAUCAGUCCGGACACACAGAGGAAAAGUGGUGGCAUGUGCGCCCCUCUACCACUGGCGGACGGUGAAGCUGAGUGGGGAGAAAGAACCAGUGGGGACUUGUUAUGUGGCUGUCCAAAACUUCAGCGCCUACGCAGAAUACUCACCAUGCAGGACCAAUGAUCCAGACCCAGAAGGGCAGGGGUUCUGCCAGGCUGGCUUCAGUGUGGAUUUCACCAAGGAAGGGCGGCUGGUGGUAGGAGGACCUGGAAGCUUUUACUGGCAAGGUCAGGUGAUGACAGCGGGAAUAGCUGAGAUACUGAACGGCUACUCUUUGAAGGCGAUCCUGAGAAAGGUUCCAGGAGAGAAACACACUCGAGCGGCUGAGGACACACACGAUGACAGUUACCUGGGUUACUCUGUGGCAGUCGGGGAGUUUACGGGAGACUCUGAACAAGAACUGAUCGCUGGAGUCCCGAGAGGAGCACAGAACUUUGGAUAUGUGGCGAUGAUCAACUCCACCAAUCUAACCUUCAUCCAGAACUUCACAGGAGAGCAGAUGGCCUCCUAUUUUGGCUACUCAGUGGCUGUCUCUGACCUGAAUGGAGAUGGGACUGACGAUGUGCUGGUCGGAGCGCCGCUCUACAUGGAGAGAGAGAUGGAAAGCAAACCCAGGGAGGUGGGGAGGGUUUACCUGUACCUGCAGACGGCACCGCUGACGUUUACCAGUCCUGUUGCCCUCACCGGCACGUACACCUUUGGGCGCUUCGGCACAGCUAUAGCGCCCCUGGGAGACAUCAACCAGGAUGGAUACAAUGAUGUGGCGGUGGGCUGUCCAUUCGGAGGCGAGGAGCGUGGAGGCAGAGUAUUGAUCUUUAACGGUAAUCGAGAUGUAAAAACGCAAGGUUUGGUGCUGAGCCAGGAGCUGAGAGCAGCCUGGACCCCCAGCGAUGGCUUACCGGGAUAUGGCUUCACUGUAAGAGGAGGCCAAGACCUGGACAACAAUCAGUAUCCUGAUCUGAUCGUUGGGGCAUUCGGUUCAGGUGAAGUGUCAGUGUACAGGUAAGAAUGAACGCGGUAUCUCGCUGUAGUGUCGGUGGAAGCUGCAAUGAACCUGAGUCCAAGAAUCCUGAACCCUGAUGACCGACAGUGUCACCUGCCUGAGACAGACAUGAUGGUUACCUGCUUGAAGGUGGAUGUCUGUGCAGCAGUGAGUGGUGUGGGGAUCCCCGACUCUAUAGACCUGAGAGCAGAGCUGCAGCUGGAUUGGUUAAAAGGCAACAGGGGCGGAGUCAAGCGAGUUCUCUUCCUGGACACCCAGCAGCCUCAGCGCACUGGGCUCCUAAGGCUGGGUCACAGUCGGCUUCAUUCAUGCCUGAGCUACACCAUCUUUCUGAAAGAGGAAGAUGAGUUCAGGGACAAGUUAACUCCCAUCUCACUGGCUCUGAACUACAGCUUGGCUCCUCCCACACGUGACCAAAGCCUCCCACCUAUCCUCAACCUCUACAGCAGCACCUUCCUGCAAGAGCAUGCCUACAUUCUCCUGGACUGUGGAGACGACAAUAUUUGCAUCCCCGACCUCCAGCUUUCUGCCAGCAUAGACCGCUCAGAGCUCGUGAUCGGAGAUGAUAAUCUGUUCAUGUUGACCAUCACUGCGGUGAACCGAGGGGAGGGGGCCUACGAGACAGAGCUGCACACACUGAUACCACCAGAGGCCGACUAUAUAGGAGUGGAGCGCAGGAUAGAGUCACUCGCUCAGCCAAACUGCGAGUACAGGAUGGUCAACGAGUCCAGGCUGGUGGUGUGUGACCUCGGAAACCCAAUGGUAGCUGGAACAGAGCUGUCUGUUGGUUUGAGGUUUUCUGUGCAAAGGCUGGAUGAUGCCGGACCGAAAAUCAGCUUUGAGCUACAGAUCCACAGCUCCAACAAGGAUAACUCCGACAGCAACCCAGUGAGUCUGAAUCUGUCCAUCGUUGCCCAAGCUCGACUUGAUUUGCGUGGGGUGUCCCAUCCCUCUCAGGUGGUGCUGCCAUUCCCACGCUGGGAACCCAAAGAGAAGCCCGUCAAAGAGGAGGAUGUGGGACCACAGGUUACUCACAUAUACGAGCUCCAUAACUCUGGUCCCAGCAGUAUUCGGGAGGCUGAGCUUCAGGUCGGCUGGCCUUCCCGUUUCCGUGACGAGAACCUGCUGUAUGCCAUGGAGAUUCAAACUGACGGACCAAUUAGCUGCCGGACGAACACCAGCCUCAACCCACUUGGCCUCCAGAUAUCGGCUCUCCAGGACACACCUGAGUUACUGGGUUUCUUGAGGAACACCAGCUCUCCUCCUCACCGUCGCAAGCGAGCCGCCGGCAGAGCGCAGAGUUACAGCGGCAAAACCUUGAACUGCACCAACAUCUCCUGUCUGAGGAUCACAUGUGUGGUUGGCCGGCUGGAUCGUGGACACAGUGCAGUGGUCAAGAUCCGCUCGAGACUCUGGGCACACACUUUCCUGCAGAGGCGUAACGACCCGUAUGUUCUCAACUCCACCGUGUCCUUCAUGGUCACAGCGUUGCCUUAUAGAAUCCAACCUCCCACGCUGCCUCAGCACGCCACCUCGAUGGGGACCCUGGUGUUGUGGGGGACUCCUGAUGUUUCCUUUGCUGUUCCACUCUGGGUCAUCAUCCUGGCCAUACUGCUGGGGCUGCUGGUGCUGGCCAUGCUCACACUCGCCAUGUGGAAGUGCGGCUUCUUUGACCGAGCGCGGCCACCAGCCGAUGACGAUGUCUCCGACCAGGAGAGGCUGACGUCUGAUCAAAUAGGAGACGCCUAAAACGAUGCAUUACAGCUUCCGUUUGGAGGACUGAGGUUUGGGAGGGCAGUGCACCUUCUGAGUAACUUAAAUCAGAUCUGAGAUCUGUAGUAGUUGGAGCCUACAUUCCUUGGCUGGACAUCUUCUGCCUCUCUAUUAAUGACACCGACUUAAAGGACAGACAGAAGACACAUGGAGGACUGCAGCGCCCUACGGACUGGGAACGAGGAGGGGAAGUUCAAACCAGACAGAAUGGGACCAAAAACACACUCCACAGGCUCAAUCACACUCACACACACACACACACACACAUCUAUUGUUUAUCAAUUGUGAUGAAGCACCAGGACUGAAGACAGAAUGGACAUUGUUAUGAAGACAAUGCUUUCAAUGUUUCUGUUGUUGAAUGUUUUCACGUGUAAGUGGGACACAAAGAGACGAAAAUCAAUGCACAAAUGCUUUUGUGAGGAUGAGUGUGUUUGUUUGUUUGUGAGUGUAUGUGCAGAUACUGUACAUAUGUGUGUGUGUUUAUUAGGUGUCUUGUGUGUCAUUCUUUCAUUCACUUCUUGAAUUUCUUUCCUCAGCUAAUUUAAUUUAUGUAUAUACAGAGUUAUUACACACACACACAUCAGCCACAAGCAUAAACACAAAAGGCACAAAGUUAAUGUGUAUAUUUAAGAAUGUAUGUGCAAUAUUUGGGUGUUGCGUGAUACCGAAAGCUUGUUUACACUGGCAUUAUUUUUUAUUAGAGCUAAAUGUUUUCUGUAUAUAAGUAAUUCAUUGUUAUGUUAAUAAUUUUAGUUUCGUAAAAAGCACAUAGUUCAGGCGGACUUAAGCCACCACAAAAAAACAAUGUAGAAGGAGACAAAUAACAAAUAACUUAUUACUGUGUUGUCUAAUAUUUUGGAUUUGAUUAUUUUAGACUUAACGGCUAAGCAGUUGUUAUUAAAAACACAUUGUAGGCAGUGUGGGGCUGAGCAUUGUUGCACAAACUGUCUGGUAUUUAUCAGAGUUAAUGUUGUCAUUUGUUAAUCAGAUGGUAAAACGUAUGAUCAUCUGCAGACAGAACAAAGUGGUUCGUGCAUCAAUAAUACCCAGAUUUAAAAGGUCCUACAUUCCUGUUAUUUGUACCAAGUGUGACAGUUUAUCAGAAUAAAGUGUUGUUUUCUUGCUCUCAUCA